AAUUUGACAGCGAGGAAAUCGGCAAAACAUUUGAAGGUGAGACAGCACGGACGCCAUUUUGUCCUCCGCCAGGUUUCUGCCGGUCUUUGUCCUCUUUAUUUCUCUUUAUUUCUUUGCUUUUUACCUUUCAACAUAGAUCAAAAAAUCGAUGGUCGUGCCCUCUUACGCUUGGCAAAAGAAGGGACGAUUGAACAACUGAAUGCAUGUGGUUUAAAAACAGUCGGUGAACAAAUGAAAUUAAGAGACUUCGUCUUACCACUAGAAGAACCUUUCAAAUUGACCCGAAAGAAGCCAACUAUAGCCCAGAUAAAGUCGAUGACAGAUUUAAACCAGAGGCUUUACAAAGCUAAAAGAAAUGAGGUUGCCAAACAAGCAACAAAAAAAUGGCCUGGUAAUGUAAUUCCUUUGUUUCGAAAAAAUAAAGCGGCAAGUAAAGAACUGGAAAACUUGGUCUCACAAUUGGACGAGACUUGUUCAUUCCCACCCGCCUCCUUUGACAAAGAUGGAAUACGACAACACAUCCUGGACGUCCUCAAUGAGAGGCGCCGAAAAAUUAGAGAAGGUCAUGACUACACUCAGUUCGGAUAG